UGGACUAGAUAAUGGCAUAGUCCAUGACAGGACCUAGCAUCCGAAUUGUUGAAAAUGUCUGGCAGUGGUAUUUUGGGUGCUGCUUUCGGUGAGCCGAGUGUACUGACCAGCAUUCUAUAUUACUGGUACUACUAAUAACUCCAAGUUGGGAGAGAAACGUCAGUCUCAGCCACAGCUCGCUCAUUGGUCCCCCUGGAUGAAUUAGCUUUGAACAAACACGUUAUGUGGCUUUGAAGUUUUUACUCGGUAAUUAUCGGAAAAUCUUACCUAUCAAUGAGGAAGUCACAUGACCAUGAUUGUCGUUAACAUAAAUUAUUCACAAUCGUAGAAUUACGAGAUAACGUUAGAUAAACUGAGAAAUAUGGAAGUUGGUUUGCGGGUGGUACGUGGUCACAGUUGGACUUGGGGAGAUCAGGACGGUGGAGAGGGUCAUGCAGGGACAGUAAUUGAAGUUGGAAAACCACCUAGCUCUGGGAAUGCCACAAAUGCGGUGCCAAACAGUUCUGAGAAGACACCGGACAAGACUGCUAUUGUUCAGUGGGAUCGUGGUUCAAGAAGUAAUUACCGAAUAGGAUUCCAAGGAGCCUACGAUCUACUUAUUUUUGACAACGCUGCUGCCGGUGUUAAACACUCAAACAUUAUUUGUGACGGGUGUAAAAAACAUGGAAUUGCAGGAAUUAGAUGGAAAUGUGAGCAGUGCUUUGACUAUGAUCUAUGCACACAGUGUUACAUGGCAGAUGUUCAUGAUCUGAGUCAUACCUUCCAGAGAUUCCAGACUUCUAAUGCUGAAGGAGUCCAGUUAACCCCAAGAGAAGGCUGUACAAAAAUACCAUUAAAAGGAAUAUUUAUUGGAGCAAAAGUUGUCAGAGGCCCAGAUUGGGAGUGGGGUAAUCAGGAUGGUGGUCAUGAUAAGACCGGACGUGUAAUGGAUAUCCGUGGUUGGGACAAUGAAAGUAGUCGUUCGGUAGCAACGGUCACAUGGUCUACUGGUAACACAAAUGUUUACAGACUUGGCUACAAAGGAUGUGUCGACCUUCGUUAUGUUGAAGAGGCAAGUUGCGGCACCUAUUAUAAAGAACAUUUACCAGUUCUUGGACACGUAGUAAGAAUGAUGCCAGUCACAGAGCAGUCAUCGACACCCACCGGUGUCGGAGCUGCUCCAAGCCCUCGACAUUUAUCUUUCAAUGUUGGCGACAAAGUGAGGGUUUUAAUGGAAGUUGAUACAUUAAAACAAAUGCAAAUCGGUCACGGUGGUUGGAAUCCACGUAUGGCUGAGUACGUUGGAAAGAUCGGUACCGUCCAUCGAGUCACAGAAAAAGGGGAUAUCCGGGUACAGUACGAGUCUUGCAACAAUAGGUGGACUUUCCACCCCGGAUCGUUGACCAAAGUAACUACCAAAGAUGCAUUUGCUCUUGGAGAUAUAGUCAGAGUGAAGACCGAUGCUACAGCGGUUAAGCACUAUCAACGUGGGCACGGUGAAUGGAUAGAUGUUAUGAAAACGGUACUGGGAAAGACAGGGAAAGUCAUUAAAAUUUAUUCCGAUGGAGACAUACGGGUAGAAUUCGACGGUCAUACAUGGACCUUCAACCCAGCAAACGUUACGCUGGUUCCAAACCCGUCCAAACUUCCAAACGAUGGCAAUCGAUGCAAGGACCGAACGAAUGCAUCAACUCCGAUAUGGCGUGCCGACGGUGUCGUCGCGUCUGGAGAUAAUUGUACCGAUAACGAAGUAGAAAAAUUAUUACGCGACGCUGCGAGGGGGGAAGCUGGAGUCGCUGCUGUCAAAGAGUUUUUACGGAGAAAUCCCGGAAAAGUAGAUGCGAGGGCCAGCAGGGCAGGAGGUGGUGACAAAACUUGCUUACAGAUCGCCGCACAUCAAGGUCAGCGAGAAAUUUGUUCAUUGCUGUUGGAUGCUGGCGCUUCUCUCCAGGCUGUCGAUGAAGAUGGAGAUUCGCCGCUGCAUUACGCUGCCUUUGGAAAUCAACCAGAGAUAAUGGAAUUAUUGCUGGCACGCGGUGCCGUUGUCGAUGCAGUAAAUAAUAGCAGAUGCAGUGCGCUGCACGUAGCUGUGAAUAAACAGCAUGCUGCCUGCGUCAGAAUUCUUCUACACCACGGAUGCGAUGUGAACCUACAAGACGAAUAUGGAGAUACCGCUUUGCACGACGCCAUUGGCAAGGACGAUCUUGACAUUGUAGAAGCUCUCUGCGGGUGCGAUAGUCUUGAUGUUACGCUCCGAAAUAGACGAGGAUUCAAUAUUCUACAUCAUGCAGCUCUGAAAGGCAAUACGUUCGCAACUGAAAAGCUAGUGGCGAAGGCCAGACAGCUCGUAGAUAUCAAGAAAGAAGAUGGAUUCGCUGCCCUGCACUUGGCAGCUUUGAAUGGUCAUCGCGAUGUCGUCGCGACACUUCUUUCGCCUACCGGAGGUGGGGCUCGUGUAGAUUUGCGCAAUAAUCGUCAUCAGACUCCACUGCAUCUCGCCACAUCGCAGGGCCAUUUGGAACUCGUAGAAUUACUAGUUCGACACGGUGCAGCUAUUAAUGCACAAGACGAGGAUGGGGACACUGCCCUUCACAUAGCAAUUACGAAAUGCCGACCUCAUCCUGCCACUGUGACCCCGUCCGAUGGGAAUAGUGAAUUUUCUUUGGUCCAUGCGAUCCGGCAGAACUUGAUCCGACAGGGGGUGAGACCAGAGAUGGCCUUGACAUGUUUCCUCGUCAGUGUAGAUAAUACCGGACUUCUACUCGAGCAAGUGCGAAACGUCAAGGGAAAAUCGGCAUUAGAUUUAUUACAGACUGAUCCGGAAUGCAGUGCAGUAACCGAUCUGUUACGAUCUUACCAAAUAGCGAGAACGAGCAACAGUGAAAUAACAAGCAGUGGUCUUCCAACUAGUCCGACCCGCCGGGUUGUCGAAACAUUACCAAGCCAAAUUGAGACUGAGACUGUAUCGGAAACGUCGGAAGAUAGAUUAAGGAAAGAUGAACAAAAACAAGACUCCGAAUCGUGUGAAAUGUGUGCGGGAAUGGCAAGCAAUCGGAAAGUGGACGGUAUCGUCUUACGUGGUAAUAACGUAGUACUGGUCGGAUGUUUACGGUGCGGUCGCAACAUUGUUAAAAAUCGAGUCAACGAGGAUGGCUCGUCGUUAGAGGCGGAAAAUGUAGGGGACGAGGGUAUAAUCGCUGACGGGGUGAGAAAAGAGGAAGACAAGGACAAGGACUUGGAAAGACUGCGUUACCUCGAGUCCCGCGUUGCCGAUUUAGAAGAGGCAAACACGUGCAGUAUCUGCAUGGAACGGCGACGGAACGUAGCCUUUCUCUGCGGACACGGCGCUUGCGAGCACUGUGCAGCACCGCUUAAAACCUGCCACAUGUGUCGUAAAACUAUUACCAAAAAAAUCAACUUGUAUUAGAGCGAUACCAGCCGAUUUCGCUUGAUCAUGCGUUCACUCACCUCAUGUAGAAUAAUCGAAAAAAAUAUUAUAAUUAUCUCGUACGACUCUUAUACCUAUUUGAUAUUAUUCACCUAAAUAUUUAUUUUACCUAACAAUCAUCAUUAUCACGAUCAUUGAUAUUAACGUACCGCGAUUACAUUGCACGUGUCAAAUGGCGUUUACGCUGCAUCGAGUAUUGUCACAAUUUUCUGUCUUGCGAUUUACCUAUUUUAUCAAGUAUUCGUUCGAAAAACUCCAAAUAUUUCAUAUGUAUAUAAUUUAAAACAAAAAAAAAAAAAAUGUUUUUUUUAUCGCGAGGUGCUAUGUCGACAGGUAUGAGCGAAAGAAACCUUGAUUGCCAAAAUGUAUUAAUUAUAGUUUUCUUUUAAAUUGUGUCAUUAUUCAAAUCUUCAUGUUGUUCAGUAUAUCAGACACAAUGUCAGGACGUGGUCAAGUAAGUCUUUUACGUGGUAGAAUUAAUUAUAAAUUCUUACAGAAUAAUGAGAGCGACGACCCAUGAUAACUUAUUUAUCUGUAACGCUUUUAGAAAAUUUAUACGCCUACGUGUAGCGCGUUUUGUAAUCAUUAUUCGAAUUACAAGAUUUGGAACUUUUAAAUAAUGCUCCAUAUCUCGUUGAACCUCGUAUAUUUAAUUGCAUUAUAUUACAUGCACACUGUUUCAAAUACCAUUAAACUAUCAUUGUUACGUUACGGUUAUUUUGUCCAAUUCUUUUCAAUCGAUUAACAAUUCUGAAUGCGAAACAGGGUAAAUGGAGGUAUAUGGUUUUUCAAUAACUUUGCUUCCGUCGAUAGUCAAUAUCAAAACGAAAUGUCUCGUGAUUCUAACGAUACUUAUACAUUGAUCGUAUCGCAUGAGCGUGACUUCUGUAAAUAUUUGCGUCUACAUGCCAUUACGUAGUUUAAGUAGUACGGUAUAAAAAGUUAACGCAAGACAAUCUGAAAAUGAAUUAUUAAAUAUCUAUGGUAAAAUAAUAAAUGACAACUUUUUUAAUCGUA